AUGUCUGAAUUAGAAGUGCUCCCCAACAUGGGAGCGUAUACAAGCUCAGCGACCCAAAGCAUUGCAGAAAUUCAACCAAGAAAGUACGAUGUACUAGCUAGGCCGAAUACACCGAAGGAAGUUAAGCGUGCUAUCUUUGUUCAUGGUAACCCAGUCGAUGAAGAGGAAAAGCCAUUUCAAGACAUACAAGUUACAAGCUCACCGACCCAAAGAAUUGGAAAAAUUCAACCAAGAAAGUACGGUGUACUUACUAGGCCAGAUAUAAAGAAGGAAGUUAAGCAUGCGAUGUCUGUUCAUGGUAACCCAGUCGAUGAAGAGGAAAAGCAAUUUCAGAGCGGAAAAGUUACAAGCUCACCGACCCAAAGAAUUGGAAAAAUUCAACCAAGAAAGUACGGUGUACUUACUAGGCCAGAUAUAAAGAAGGAAGUUAAGCAUGCGAUGUCUGUUCAUGGUAACCCAGUCGAUGAAGAGGAAAAGCCAUUUCAGAGCGGAAAAGUUACAAGCUCACCGACCCAAAGAAUUGGAAAAAUUCAACUAAGAAAGUACGGUGUACUUACUAGGCCAGAUAUAAAGAAGGAAGUUAAGCAUGCGAUGUCUGUUCAUGGUAACCCAGUCGAUGAAGAGGAAAAGCCAUUUCAGAGCGGAAAAGAUGCAUCAUUUUCCAGUAUUACCAUACCCGGAGUUAAUGGUGUUUAUCAUAUCUCCUAUGUAACAUCUGAAAAACUUUGGGUCAGUGAUAAUGAAUGGCUACUUCAGGUUGACUUCUCCGGACACGAAAUAGAGAAAACAAAAACACAUUUACUUUCAUUCACCAGCAGAAAAGGGUUUCACACAGUAACAAUGGAUGGGAGUCUUUUAUUUAUUGAUGACUAUAACAAUGUACAGGAGGUGACGUCCAAAGGAACCAACACAACACUCAUCACAGCGAAAGAAGGAUGUGAAAAAUUACUCUGUGUCCACUCCUCUCGCAUCAAUGGUGACAUACUGUUGGGUUGUGAAGAUGCACUGAUAAGGUAUGACAGGACGGGACAGCAGAUAUUAGACUUUAUGAAUGGUUUGAGGCGGGGUAUUUAUUACCCAAUAUACAUCACAGAAAAUAAUAAUGGAGAUAUAUGGGUCUCUGACGAGGUGAGAAAAGCCGUGGUUGUGGUGGAUAAAUUAAAACGAGAACGAUUUUACUACAGAGGUCAAACACCUUAUUCUGAUUUCAAGCCUUAUGGUAUCUGUACCGAUAUCCUUGGACAGGUACUAGUAUGUGAUGAUGCUUACCAAAACCCUAGUGUACAUCUCUUGGAUCACGAGUGUCGGUUUCUUCGUCUCGUGCUGACAAGAAAACAUGGUAUACGCCAUCCACUGGCUGUGUGUGUAGACGAGAAGCAAAACCUGUAUCUGGGGCAGCGUAAUAACAUGAUAAAGUUGUACAAGUAUGAGGGUCGUUCAAUAAGCAACGCCUCCUACGAUAUAUCGUAUUAA